AUGGACGACAGUGUAAUCGAAGCGCUGAUAAAGAUUCCAGAACAAGAAUUGGUGACCACGCUGCGUCUGCGACACUGUAUCGCGCUGUUAGAUCAGUUUCAUGCCGAUGGCGGUGGUUCUCUCUACUUGACGCUGACUGAACUUGAGCCCCUUUUGAAAGACGCUGUGCAGAUUCAGUGCGGAGGGUUCGAAGCCUUGCGCAAGAGCUCACUAAAGAACCUAGCACAGCGCAGUGCGUGUUUCCUGACAGAGACGCGUUACUCGGAUUUGCCCGAGCUGCAGAAACUUGUUCAUAUUCUUGUUUUGUUGGCUGAUUGUCUAACCUUUGACCAGAAGCGGAAAAUUCUUGCUGCUGUGUUGGAAGUCGAUUGUGAAUGUCGUUGCUUCGUGGAAUUGAUUUACAACGCUGAGUUGAACGCCGACCUGUUGCUGAUGUUUUCAGAUAUCGUAGACUUGAUCCUCAGUUGCUAUGAACCGGACGUUUGCUGUGACUCGCACUGCGAAAUUCUUUGGAACUGUGUUGCGUAUGUGCUGCAUCGCGCCUUCGAAACGAACUCGCUGCUCUGGUCGAUCAAGCUGGUCAGUUGUCUGACCGAGAGGUUGGUCGAAGGCGCGUCAUGGCCGCUGCUGACAAAUCCUGGAACACUAAUUUUGCUGAACAAGCUGCGGUACUUCUCGGCCUGGUCGCCAUGUGCCCGGGUCCGAUCGCUUCCGGUGCCAGAUAUGACGAUUGGUGAACAGAGCCUGUAUUUUUGCACUGUCGUACAUAUUCUUGUUCGCCGAAACUGUCUAGGGGUGCUGAGUGACGAAACGGUCGACCUGGUGGUGCAGAUGUUGAGACGCGGCUUGGUGUGCGACGACGCCACGGUCCGUAAGCAUUGCCGCGCUACCGUCACCGUGCUGUACGCCCAGCGGCAAGUGCACACCCCGUUCAGCGUCGGAAGGAAAUGGCCCGACUUUUUGACGUUGCUCGAAACGCUUGACAGCCAGCAGGUAAACGUACUGUCUGAAAACAAACGUGGUAAAUCAGAAAUUACAUCAUUCAAAUUUGAUACGCUUCGAAGGUUCUUUCCGGUUUACAACCGAAGCUGA